CUGCUGUGAACCCGUGCACCUCCCCACAGGUGCCCCAGACCGUCCCCAUGGACCUGCGUAUCGGGCAGCGCGUCGUCAAGCCCGGCUCUGACACCACCUUGCUGGCUCUGAAGCACACGCAGCAGCUGCAGCACCAGCUCUUCCUCGCCAGCCUGCACCAGCAGCAAGUGGAGCAGCUCGCCCACCAGCACGUGAGGGUGACCAUGGAGUCCCCACACCGUGAAGCAGAGCCUGGGCAGCAGGAGCAGGAGCUACGGCAGAUCCUCAAUAAGGACAAGAGCAAGCGAAGUGCUGUGGCCAGCACAGUGGUGAAGCAGAAGCUGGCUGAGGUCAUCCUGAAGAAGCAGCAGGCAGCUUUGGAGAGGACCAGCAACCCCAACCCUUCAGCCAUGCCAUACAGGUCUCUGGAGCCUCUGGAUCCUGAGGGCCCUUCUCCUCCUGUGCUCAGCACCUUCCUGCCCCCAGUCCCCAGCACUUCUCUUGACCCCCCAGAGCAUUUUCCACUGCGGAAGACAGCAUCUGAACCCAACCUGAAGGUGCGUUGCAAGCCCAGGAAGUGCCUUGACCGACGCAAGAACCCCUUGACGCGGAAGGAGAGCGCUCCCCCCUCGCUGAAGAGACGGCCGCCCGAGGCGAUCGACUCUUCCCCGAGCAGCAGCAGCACCCCUGUGUCCGGCUGCAGCUCUCCCAACGACAGCCUCCCUGCCGAGCACGGAGCCCUCCCCACCGCCUCCGGCAUGACCCACGAGACACCCCUGGCCCAGCGCCUGAUGAUGCAGGAGAGCUCACUGGCCCAGUUUGCCCUGCAGAGUACAGCCUCCCUUCCGGCCAUCACACUGGGAUUGCCGGCUACCACUAGUGCCAGGGGAGAGGCCGAUCGCCGCCCCCUCUCCAGCCUGGCACACCGGGUGCCCGUGCUGAACGGACCUGUCCUCGCGGGCACUCACUCGCCCAUGUUCAUACCAGCUGGCUUGGAGCAGCACGAAGCUGGGAGCCCCUUAUCCCCUCGGCUCCAGCCUGUCAUCAUCCUCGAGCCCUCGGUCACCCACACUCCGCUGGUGGCAGUUCCAGGUCUGGGAACGGUCCCCUUCUCCUUCACCCCCUCACUCAUCUCUGCAGAACGCUUGUCACUCCCAGGCCACCACAAACCACUGGGCAGGACCCGCUCAGAGCCCCUGCCCCAGAACCCCAAGGCCAUCCAGCAGCAACUGGUGUACCAGCAACAUCACACCCAGUUCCUGGAGAGACUGAAGCAGCAGACACAUCUAGGCAAGCGCAUGGUGAAAUCCAGCGAGAAGCCCCGUCUGCGGCAGAUCCCUUCCUCGGAGGACAUGGAGGCUGAGGGGACACUCCCAGAGACCACAGCUGAGAGCAGCGACCUGGCAAGGGCACGUGUGGAGCCCACACGGCCGGGCAGCAGCGUGAAGGAGCCCGAGAGGACGCAGAAGAUGAUGCAGCCUCAAGAGGAGCUUGUCCUACAGCAGGCCUACCUCUGGGAUUCCUACCAGCGUGUGCAGCAGCAGCUCCUCAAGCGACAGCCCUUGUCUGACUCCCCCAUGGUCCCCACCAUCCAUACAGGGCACAGGCCCCUCUCCAGGGCUCAGUCAUCUCCUGCCACCGCGACUGUCUCCCUUCCUGCCCAGGACACGGCCUCCAAGACGCUCUCCCUGUCUGUGCAGGCGCAGCCUGCCAAGCCACACUUCACAACAGGGCUGGUUUAUGACUCGGUGAUGCUCAAACACCAGUGCUCCUGUGGUGACAACAGCAACCACCCGGAGCACGCGGGCAGGAUCCAGAGCAUCUGGUCCCGUCUGCAGGAGAGGGGGCUGCGCAGCCAGUGCGAGUGUCUGCGGGGACGCAAGGCCACCCUGGAAGAGCUGCAGUGUGUCCAUACCGAGCGCCACGUCUUCCUCUACGGCACCAACCCCCUCAACCGCCUGAAACUGGACAAUGGGAAGCUGGCAGGGAUCCUGUCGCAGCGGAUGUUCGUCAUGCUGCCCUGUGGAGGGGUGGGGGUGGACAGUGAUACCAUCUGGAACGAGCUGCAUUCCUCCAACGCAGCUCGCUGGGCUGCAGGCAGUGUCACUGAGCUGGCCUUCAAGGUGGCUACCAGGGAGCUGAAGAACGGCUUUGCUGUGGUGCGGCCACCUGGACAUCACGCAGAUCCUUCCACUGCCAUGUAA